AUGAUCCGCGCCUUCGAUGGCGACCAGUACUCGCAACGGUUCUACCGCGCACGCCCAUCCACUUUACCUCUGUACUCGACCUCGCCACGAGAAAGCACUCCUUCCAACUCAGUAUCUACUCCGAAAGCGAACGAUAGCCGCAACCGAGCUGCCCCCAGCCUCCGAGACUCUCCGUAUGGCGGCGCUGACCACUGGUCCGAAUCCCCGACUUCCAAAACUUGGACGAGCCCCGUUGGCGAGACCGGCUAUUGCCCCCGAGUUCUCAUCUUUAGCCUACAGGACAGCUCCUCCGAUCUCCCUCUCGUGUCGAUUAGCGAACACACUUUUGGGGUACGGUCCGUGGCCUGGUCUCAGGAUGGCCGCUUCCUCGCCUCCUUGGGCGCCGCAAAUGACGGCUUUCUCUACAUCUGGAGGAUAGAUCCUCGGACCGGUGCGGCGAAGCUCUCUCAGCAGAAUAGGUGCACCUCUUUUUGCAAGGGUAUGGUGUGGAUGGGCAAUUAUCUAGUAACUUUCGGCGUCCGUCACGUCAAGGCGUGGAAAGUGGAGGAUGUGCCCAACAUUUCACCCGUCAAAUCCAAGUUUGGCCCCGAGCUUAAUGCCACUCCCCAAACCCAGCCCAGGGCCCUCUCUGGCCGCAAUAUCCUCUUGGGAUCUCUGAUAGACUGCACCUUUACCUGUGCCGCCGUCGUGGAUGAUGGCCGGGCCAUCCUCUGCACCGACACGGGUGACGUGUGCGUCUUGGAAGACGAUGGUAAGCAGAUGAAGCUUCAAAAGGCCCUUCGUCUUGGCUUUUCUGCUACCUCAAUCACGUUGCGAGAUCUCACCGCCUAUGUCGGGGGCAAGGCGGACCGAUUCGCGACCCUCGAUGUGACCUCGGUCGUCGAGUUCCGCUCUGAUUGUCUUGUCAGCGAAGCCGAGCUGUCUCCCGGUCUGCUUGCUCUUGGGUGUCUCAGCAAUGACAACCUCGUCACUAUUGAUACGAAACACUCAAUCAACGUGUGGGAUCCCUCUUAUCAUCCCGGCAAGGCCACCGGUGUUUCUGCGCGAAUCCCCAUUCCCGGCCAGGGUGAGCCCAUCAUCGGGGUUCAAUGUCUCUCCUCGCCGAACCCUGCCAGCGCAUCGUUUAUGACGUGUCGAGAGGGAGACCUUGGCGCGGAGUCGGCGGACCUCGAUAACCAAGUGACUGUGGUCGAGUCCACCAAAUCUGGCAGCACCAUUGUCUACGCGGAUAAGUUGGGUGUUUUGAGGGCCGUGGACUUCGCAACAAAGGAGUACAUUCUCGACACCAAGGCGCAUUCGUGCGAUUGCCAAGCUAUCACUAUAUUUGAGGACAAUGGCCGCCUCAUCAUGGCCUCUUGCGGAAGAGACCGCACAGUCCAGCUCUUUCACCGACCCACCCUUACCGCCCCCAUUGAGCACUUCCAAACCCUCGAAUUUGCCGCCAAGGUUGUCAAGGUCGUCAUUACCGAGGACCGGAUUUUCACCUGUUCGCUGGACCGCACGCUGCAGGUUCACGACAUUGUAACCAAGGAGGGCCAGCCGGAGGUCAUGGCCGCGAUCCCCUCGCGUGUUAUAACACUUAAAUCAUCACCCACAUGUAUGACGAUGGGACCCACUGACGAAUCCAUCUUUGUAUCCCUGCUUGAUCGAUCAGUCUGCCAGUAUGACAUCCUGACGGGCCGUUUGAUCAAGUCCUUCAAAUGCACCGACGAAAGCGGUAUCGAGUCCGCCGUUCUCGAUUCUCUCGUCAUGGGCAAAUCUCCGACCAAAGACUUCCUCCUCGGAGUCUCCAACACGGAUAAGUCGGUGCGCCUAUACGACUCCAUGACAGGCUCCUUCUUGGACCGUGAAUGGGGCCACACCGAAGCCAUCAACGGCAUUGCCCUCGUCGAGGAUACCGACGGCAGUCGCAAAGUCUACGAUUGCGGAAGACACGCCAUCAAGGAGGACCUCUUCUUCUCGAUCAGGGUCACCACCGCCGAGCCCCAAAACGCGCGUCACCAGACGGCCCUCACUCCCGGCUCUGAGCAUCGCCGCGAGGAAGAAAAGUUCGCCGAAUCUGCGGUCGUUUGGGUCCCUCAGCAUGGCCACGGAGCAGACGUGUCGCACGAGUUGCGGCUCACGGCCACCGCCCUCGGCGACCGCGCGGUAAGGAGCAAGACUUUGGACGAGACCAUCCUGAGCGGCCUUCUAGACCAAUAUUCGGAAAGAUUGGCGACGUUGCUCGACGAGAAGCUGAGGCUUAGCUUCCCUCCCCGUAUCGAGAAGGACGACGACUCUGACGAGGCGACCCUUAUGACCUCGGAUAUCGAGAGACCAAAGACAUCUGCGGGCGAAACCACCACGGCCUCGCCCUAA